AUGCAGCUUUUCAAUCCAGUUUAUCAUAGCUUCUCUGACUAUGUUGCUGCUCACACUAUGAGCAAUGAGUCUCAACUUUACGCCUACAUCUUGUGGGUGCUCGUCACGCUGGUAUUCCUCGUAAUUUCCAUCCUCCAUAUAUCAAGACGACGCUUUGGCGUUUUUGGCGCGAUCUGGAAUCGUUGGGCUAUGCGAAAGUCGAGGCGUCGGCCGUACAAGUUUCUAUCGACCAAACGACCAGACACUCCCGCGCGUCCUGCAUUCUUUCCUUCUAAUGGAUGCAUACUCGGUAUCGUCGCUUUGUUUACUGGCGUUGCAUCUCUCGCCCUAGUAGGACCUGAUUAUAUUGUUUUGUCUUCUUGGCGUAAAGAUACCAACUCAGCAAAUCAAUCCCCGCCUGUAUUCCACUCCCCCAAGCCUCCAGAUAAAUUGAUCGCAAAAUCUUGGUGGACUUCUGCUGGGAGGGCAGGCAUUCUUUCAUUCGCCCUUCUCCCCCUUUGCGUCGUGUUUGCUCUCAAGUCCUCGCCGUUUGCUCCCUUCUCUUGGCCCUUUGCAACUCAGCUACACUUCGACAAACUUGGAGUUUUUCACCGCUGGACAGCCCGGUUUAUAUGGCUUAUGACGACUUUGCAUGUUGCAUCGUGGAGUGUUCAAUUGUCUCGGGAUUGCAUUGGAUUGGGAGGAGAAUCUGCCUACGCAUAUGCCUGGCGAUAUGAAAGGUUUAUAUACGGCUGGUUGGCGUACGUAUUGCUGACCUCCAUCCUAGCACUUGCCGCAAAGGCUUUACGCAAGUCUCACUAUGAAGCUUUCUAUGCUAUCCACGUACUACUCGUUCCCUUGAUGUUAAUUACGUGCGCUCUCCACCAUCCACAGAUUUGGUGGUGGGCCUUGGGUACUCUAGGACUUUGGAUCACCGAACGAGUCUGGCGCUUAGGUCGAUAUCUUCUUCUCAACGGUUUUUACAGAAGAUGCGUCUGUUGGCGUAAAGAUUGGCACCUACGUCUCUUGUCUGUGGAUAGGGUCGAACCCUACACAUACCCUCCAGCACCCUUUCCGUUUACACGUCGCGAAAUGACUAUCCUUCCGACACCGUUCUGCCCACCACCCGGUUAUGCGCAUGCAGAACUCCUCGCUGGUGCCACCAUUCGCUUAACAUAUGCCAGUGUGACUCAAAUAAAGUGGGCGCCUGGACAACACUUUUUGAUUAAUAUUCCUUCUGUUUCCAAAUUCACAACGCAUCCGUUUACUACCUGCUCAAUAUUCCAACAGCCGUCCUCAGAGGAACGCUUGACUGUCAUCGUCUUUCUCGUACGUGCUAAAAAUGGCUGGACGAAAGAUUUAUGGGACACGGUUGCAUACCAUUGCAUUCGCGGACGGACAUUUAUACCUACGGAAUCGCCACCCCCUCAAACGUUCUUACCCUCAUAUGGUCUUUUAAUGAAAAUGAACAUUGAGGGUCCCUUUGGAAGUUCUGUUCGGGCAGCAUGGGGGUCAUAUUCUACCGUGGUUAUUGUAGUUGGUGGCUCUGGAGUUAGCUUUGGAAUGUCUGUCUUGGAACAUCUGUGUCGCUCCAUCUCUGGACGUGAUUUAGAACGAAGUCACCGACGGCUUGAUAACAAAUUUAAGACACAACGUGUCCGGUUUGUCUGGUUGGUUCGCGAAUUUGGCCAUAUUCAAUGGUGCGCUUCCGCUAUCAAACGCUGUAUGGCAUUGCUACCAGGAUCGGAAUUGGAGGUCAACGUCUUUGUCACCAAAGCUCAAGCGGCGCAUGGACCCUCGACACGCUUGCCAUCUGAGCCUCUUUCACUUGAAAGCACCGUACCUCCCCCUUCUCCGCAGUUUUCCCGCCACUCUUAUGGGGAGGCGCUGUUAACCUCCCCUAUAGAAAGUGUAGACUCCAUUCAGCCCGCUAACAGUGCGACAUACCUCAAUCAAGGAGAUGACGUGGGAACACACGACCUCGUGAACUUGACAAACUAUGAAGGGGAUCACGAGUUCGAAAUACCAGGUGAAAGCUCAUUGAACCAGCAUAUCAGGAAAGAAGGAAAGAUACGAAGAGCCAUUUCGAGAAAGCUUUCAAAUUCUGGACCGGUGGCCUCGACAUCCAAGAGAAUGUCUCUUAAUGUUGACCGCAUAGGAUCGGAUGACUCGUCCUCACCGCAAGCGUAUUUGUCUUCAGACAGCCAGCGACUUCGUUCAGGUGUUGACUUUGAUGUUUUUGUUUCUGAUCGGCGGUCACAAGACUUUCACCAAAGUGACCCAUUUCUGUCGCCCUCUACAUCUUCAAACUGGGCUCCCCCUUCGCAGCCGUGCUAUCCUUCUAGUACCGCCGAUCCGAAUCUACAUUUCCCGCCCCAACUUUUGUUGCCCUCGGACAUCAGCGAUAACAGAGCAUCUGUCGCUUCGCAGCUCUCACCGCAGCUUCCACCACCUUCGGACAGGUCAUCUAUACAUACAGAAAGUCACAUUGGAGUUCGCUUAGGGCAAGAAGAGGCUCGAGCUGUUUCCGUUGUCGCAGAGAACGUCCGACCUGGAAAGCCGAAGCUCGACAGGAUAUUGAGCUACGAGGUCCAGGAGGCGUGUGGACCUGUUUUGGUUGCUUGUUGUGGCCCGACCUCUCUUAAUGCUCUUGUGCGAGAGGUUGUCUCCAACCAGAUAAACCCGCAUGGUCAAGAUCGGGAUGGCAGAGGUUAUGUGGCGCUGAUAUCUGAAGAGUUCGAGUAUUGA